AUAUAUCUGAGGUAUGGUUACCUAAUAUAGACGGACAUCUAUUUGCCGGUUGCUCGGGCACGUAUUCCGCACCGAUGGAUUGUCGAUGCACACCGCUAUCCACUCGCACCUACAGACAUGAUCGGACGAGAUGGAACAUUCUGACAUCGCGUUUUUGGCUAGGCCCGUAAUAAGACCUGCGCAUGAGCUUCAGCAGCAGCACCAGCAUAACUUUGCGUCGCUGCCCACGACACCCCCGAAUUCCGCCGAGGAAAUCGAGGAGCGCCGGAGAGAGCGGGCCAUGGUCGGGUUGCCACAGCAUGCCUACGACGAAUCUUGUCAAGCUUCUCCCCCCAGGACGCCCACUGCUAGUUUGAACCCCGCGGUCGAGCGUAAUAGGGAAAAUAAUCCAUACAUAAAGUCCUCCCCGCCGGUAGCGCCUACCCGUCACCAGCGGUCACGUUCGUACAGCACCGUGGACGAGCGCUUCCAUCCUAAUGGAGGCUCGGCUGGUCCUACACUUCAGAUAUUGAUAGAUCAGUGCGACGGGCCUGCACCCGAGGGUGUCCGGCCGCGAACCGCUGGACAUCAGAACGCAUUCCAUUCUUUAGAAGUACAGAUACCGCACUAUAAUCUUGGUUCUCCGCGAUUCUCACCCGGCGGUACGCCAUUUCUUUACGGUUCCUCGAGUCUCCACCUCCCAUCGACGAUCGGAGAAAUGGGAUCGUCCCGUGCAACGUCUCAGCACAUAGACGGACGUUGGCUUUGGCCGAGUGUCGAUCCAAGAUCGCUCUCACCCGCCUUCUCCUCCCGUGAUGGCAAUUCGCCGAUGGCCACAUCAUUUUCAUAUGGGGGAAUGCACAGAAUGAGUUCUCUGCCAUCGAUACCACAGGCACUGUCACCAUCUCCUCUGGUGCCCUCGUCGGCCAUGAACACUUUCCCGCCAAUUCCCUCUCCGCCUAUUCCUUCGACGCAUGCCCCCGCCGAUAUCAACCCUGAGAUCUACGACAGACUUUCGUUUCCACCGGGUUCUGAAGAUCAAGCGAUAGUCAGAUACGAUGCACGGCAGGAGAUCAGCGCAGCCAUACCGGCAAGAAUAAUAGCCCAAAUUACGUCCGCAGCCUUCGUCGACUACCACCUACUGUCAGACUUCUUCCUCACUUACCGCCUAUUCAUGAAUGCUCGCGAUUUGGCCGCCCAUCUUGUAGCGCGGCUGCGAUGGGCGAUAGAUAGAGGCGAUGAUACAGGGAAGGUCGUCCGGGUGCGGACGUUCGUCGCCAUUCGGCACUGGCUUUUGAAUUACUUUGCAGACGAUUUUGUGCCGUCUCUUGUUUUCCGCCAGGAGUUCGUCAAGAUACUGAACGACCUCACGCAUGCUGUCCGAGCCAACGGCAAUGCUUCUGAUCUAAAAAUCAUCGGCGAACUGAAGAAAUGUUGGAGGAGGACGUGUGCACUCUAUUGGGAUAACAUGGACAACCCUGACGCCAACGUUGACGAGGACAUAAAACCUGGUGGACCACCGGGGACGAGGGAGGAAACAUUACAACGACCGCAGUCCACCAUGCUCAGGGUAUCGCAACUUACAACUCCUCCACCAAGGCUGGAUAUCGUGCAACCCGAUAACAGCUCUGGUACAGAAUCUUUCAUUCGAGAUGUUAUCCAGCGCCGUGCUGCAACGAUGAUAGAAAAGAGAGACGGCAGCAAAACAGGAAACAACUCCACGCUGCAGUCUCGGACCCGUUCCACGGUUCACUCGAAAUCGAGUGCUUCAGCACCGAUUUCACCGAGCCAGCCGGAGGUGAGGAAAGCAUCCUCCUCCAACAAUCUGUCAACGAAGCAUAAACUACCUGGUGGGCCUCACAAACGUUCGGGAUCAUUCUCUGAUGCACUUCGGGAUCAUCGAUAUCCUCUACCGUUGCCAAACUCGAUAGCAAAGUCGACUCACCUCCUUAUGGCUCUCCCGUAUGCCGGAUCUCUCGUCAGAGGAAAUCGCUUCCCGCCCACUCCAGCAUUUGUGGAAGUUAUCGCCCCUUCGACUCCUGUCAAUGAGUUUGCAAGCUUCAACUUUGAUCUACCGGCGAGCAGCUCCAGUGGCAGCGCGGCAAUCCGCCCGAUGAGACCGUCAGAGAAACAUCUGACCAUUCCGAAUAAAGCCACCAAUGCUCCCGGGAUGAAGAGGUUAUUCGGGAGCGUGCGCAAAGCUUUGGGAGGUAAAUCGACUUCGCAGCUUUCAGUCAGCCGGGGCGAUAAGUCUGCAGCUGUCUCAAACGAGCACAUAUCUAGGUCAUCGUCAACACGCUCGCACAUGAGCGCAAUCGAAACCCUAGCAGCAAACGCAUCAAGGCUCGGGAUGGGAACGUCUGGUGAUGGUAAAGUGGCCAGAGUUGACCUUCUGGGAGCCGGUGCUGUGGAUGCAUUCCAGAGAGCGAUGAUGGCAGCAGAAAACACCCAGGGACGGCACGAAAGUAGCGCCGCGGUUACAUCGGGGGACGAAGCGUCGCGAGACGGCGACCUCUCCAGUCUCAGGGGGAUGGAUGGCGCGGUGGAUGGCAGCAAAACAGAUCUGUUGGCCGAAGUAGGAAGUAAUAUCAGCGAAAUCGGGGACAAUGAUGAGGAUCCGCGACAUUCAUUCGCAAGCCAAAUAGACCGCAAGGACUUUUUGGACUCGCCGUCAACUAUUAGCGCUUCGCCACGCAACCCGUCUCCUCAAAACAGACCGACAAGCUUGCUUGGUGGAAUGUCCUUUCUGGCGGAUGAGUCGGAGCCUGAUGGCUCAAGCCAGAAUUCCAUCGUACAACCGCUCGUGGUGGAGAGGAAAGAGGCAACACCUUCCCCGGCGCCUACGAUGGAAACCCGGUCGUUAUUGGUGCGGCGCAGCAAAUCGUUCUCGUUCGAAAGAACUCCGUCUCCGUAUAUGCGGCAUAUCGGAAAUAUUGACGAAAACUCUUCGUUCAUCCAUCGUACAGGUGUGGAUGUUCGGUCUUUGCAUUCUGCGCGGUCCUUCUCGAUCAACCGGGUCAAUUCCAUGCUGAGCCAGUUCAGCACACCCAUGGAUAAUAUCUCAGAAUUCAAUGAGUUUCGAUCGUUUGCGAGAGAUAAUGAGGAUAUCCUUCCUGCCCGUGGCUUGCUGCGACGGCGGCCUGGCGGGAAUUUGCGGGCGGCAGCUCAUGUUGGCGAUCUCGACCAGCCCAGACCCAUGUCCACCGGAUCAAUCGCUACAGCUCCAUUUUCCCUCGAAGAAGACCUGCGCGCGGAACUCCAGUCGCGGCCUCGACAGAGAGCCUUCUCGCCUGCAACCUGUUCUUCGGAAGUCUCCGGACCUCAUCCCAUUGCUGUUGGGGUUGUCUCACUCGGUGCUAUGGGCAAAAAUGGCGGUGCGACUUGUCCGCAGGAACCGACAGUCGACGAGUCUGCAGAGGAAGCGGUGGGUCCGGGCGAGGCACCUGUUGCCGACGCCAGAGCAUCUUUCGAGGCCGGAGUUCAGAUGUUGCGCGAGCUACCAGAUGAUGAGGAUGACGAUGGAGGCUUGGAGGUGGCCCUGGCCAAACUUGAAGGAACUUACCAACGCAAGCGGAGUGGUGACACUUCGCCGACGUUCAACUUCCGUAUGAGCAUGGCAAGAUUGGGAAGCAGGGAGAUGGAUUCGUCAUUGGUUGUGGUCAGUGAACCUGGAUACGACGGCGUGGACGACGACGAUGAGGACGAGGAGGAUGAUGAGGACGAGGAUGAUGGUUAUGAUGGCCCCGAACACAACAGACGAUUGAGGAGAAGGCAUAAACAGGUCUUGGAUCAACACCCCUUGGAAACUCCGCCGAUGAUUGAUGGGAAUACUUCGAGUAAUCGGAGCGAUCUUGUACGUGAAGAAUCCGAGGAUUCGAUCCGAAUUCUGGAGAGAGGCCUUUCCAUCAAUGCAUUCGGUGGAGGUAAGUUCGGUGGCAGUAGGGCCGGGGAUCGUGGGAUGGACCUCAGCCAUGUGGAUUCCAAGUUGGAAACCCACCUGGAAUCCCCAUAUCCGGGCAAUGAUGAUGAUGACGAUGAUGACGAUGACGAUAAUGCAAGCCAACUGUCGUCGGAACUAUCGUUCGGAAUGGUUCAGCAGGGUUCCGCAAACGGCACGUAUCCUUCGGCCACUCCAGGGACAAUCAUACAAGAGUUGGGAAUACCAUCCCACCCGCUCCGACAUCCUCCCUCCCCGCCUUUAACAUUGGAGCAAGCUCUUUCGUUGCCCAACAGGACUUCUGGUGAUUCGUUCCGGACUCCCAGACACACUCCACGGUCUGCGCCUGGUAAUAUCGACGUAUCGCCGCAUAGCCAGAGUACAAGACAAACAGAGACACCAAGGCGGAGCCGUGAAAGUGCAAUCCUUGAGCCGACAGCAAUACAUCUGCCGUUCAUACUGGCCUACGAUUCGGAGCUCCUUGCAAAACAGUUCACCCUGAUCGAGAAAGAUGCGUUAUUGGAGAUCGAUUGGAAGGAGCUCGUGGAGUUGAGCUGGAGCCAGGCGGAUACCGAUGUCAAAGAUUGGGUCGAGCUUCUAAAUUCGAGGGACAUCAAAGGCGUCGAGGUGGUGAUCGCACGCUUCAAUCUGAUGUGCAGAUGGGCUCGCUCGGAAGUCGUCAUGACAAAAUCCAUCGACGAGAGGGCCAGGACGAUCGUAAAACUGAUACACAUUGCCGCGCACGCCCGACAGAUGUACAACUACGCAACGAUGUAUCAGAUCACGAUCGCGCUUCUCACCGCCGACAUCGCACGGCUGCGUAAAACGUGGCAGCUAGUCAGUGCGGCCGAGAUGCACACGUUCAGGGAACUAGAAGCUCUCGUUCAGCCCGUCAGGAACUUCCACAAUCUCCGGGUUGAAAUGGAAAAGGUCACUGGAGAAUCCGGAUGUAUUCCGUUUGUUGGCCUUUUCACGCACGAUCUCAUCCUCAACGCACAACGGCCACCACUAAUCCACUUCGCAGUACCAAACAUGCAGCCGCUAGUAAACUUUGAGCGCCACCGCAUGACGGCCGCGAUCGUCAAGCGCCUACUGCGCUUGAUCGAGGCCAGCCAUAAAUACUCAUUCGUGGCCGUUGACGGUGUCUGCGAGCGGUGCCUGUGGAUCUCGGCGCUCGAUGACGACGAGAUCCGGGGUCUGAGCAAGGGCAUCGAAUUGGUAUCAUGAGUUGUUUUUUUUUGUUGAUUUUGGCAUGGCGUCGAUUUUGGCUGCUGCUGUUAGGCAUGAGUUUAAUGUCCCCCCC